GGGAGAAUCAGUAGAAUUAAGGAUAUUUUAAUAGGAAUGCGAAAAAAUGGGGUCAGAACAGGGGGAACCGGGACCAGGAGACACUCUGGAAGUAUUGAGGAGAAAAGCAGCGAUUACGGAAAAAAGUGCUAAAUAUCCUAUAAAACUGUGGGUAUCUACGGCGAGGAAGCUGUAUGACCAGGCGUUUAGUUGUGAAGGGGAAAUGCAGCUUGAAAUGGCGUAUGUAAAGUACUUAAGAGCAUCGUCUAUAGUGAUUGAAGUGAUUCCUGGACAUAAAGAUUAUGUUUCGUUUAAAAGCCGAGCAGGACCGGUUUUGAGACAAUAUCAGGAGCUUAAACAGGAAACAUCGUCAUCAUUUUUUAGAUUUCAAAAAAUCCAUCAAAUUUUGAAAUUAAGAGAUAUCGAGAAAAUGACAUUAGAUAAGUCUAAUAUGAUGGUUAAUAUGAAAGAAACGUUUCCUAAUUUUUCAUCUGAACAUGUUUCACCUGAAUUGAUACAGAGAGAUAAGAAUUCAGGGUUGAAUUAUAAUUUUUCUUUAAAUGAAAAGAUAGACUUUCCAAGAAACGAUUCUAUGGAAAUAUCAGAGAUUAGACGUACUCAGAGUAUAAAUAUGCAGGAUAGUCAAUUUAGACAGCCGGUACCUUGUUUCAAGUUUUCGCCUACUAAUUCAGAUUUAAAGCCAUCUUUUUUAGAAACUGGUAAUAAGGAUAUGAAUCCAUUUACAUCAGGAAAUUUACUGACAGACUUAAACAAAAAACAAGUACCUUCAGAUCAAAUGGCUAUAUUCCCUAAUUUUUCUUUUAUUGAUUCAGAUACAUUAUACAAGUAUAUUAUUUCUAAAGAUAAUAAAUCUCGAAUUUUAUUUCUAGAUAUUAGACCAAGAAGCGAAUUUAAUAAAUUUAGGAUUGCUUCAGAAAAUAUAGUAUGUAUAGAACCUAUUAUUUUAACAUUACAAGAAGAUAUAUCAGGGGAUCAAUUGGAAGAAUCAUUAAUAAUAUCGCCAUCAUUAGAACAGAAAACCUUUUCUAAUAGACAUAAAUUUGAUUUUAUUGUUUACUAUGAUUGGGAUAGUAAAAAUGAUAAUUUAAAUGGAAACAUUUUUCAAAAGGAAAAGGCUCGUAUAUUUCAUAAUUUAAAUAAAGCUAUAUAUAAUUAUGGUGGAUUUCAAAAACCAUUAAAACAUAUACCUAUGCUACUUUCUGGAGGUCUUAAGGAAUGGAUUAAUUUUAUAAAGAAAAAUGAUAUUUUUUGCGAUUUCAUAAUAGGAACUAAUACUCAUAAUAUAAGAGAUGACUUUACGGAAAAUCGGUUGCCUUUAAAUCAUGAAUCAAAUCGUUCAUUUUUAAAAUCAAACAUUAAUAUUCCUAAUUCAUAUGCACCAUCUGAUUAUUCUUUAUAUAAUGUUGAUAUAGGACUUGAAAAGAAAAACCUCAAGGAUUCAGUAGAAAUGACGGUGUCUAUGGGGAAAUUUCAAUCAAUGUUUAAAAAUAACAUGAAUUUAACAGAUAAAAAUACAGAUAUUUCAUCAGGAUCAAAUGAUGAAUUGCAUUCAAAGAUAAAGGAGAAAUACCCUUCACACUUUGCCUUAUCUCAACAAUCAUCAACAAAAUUUACGCCUUAUUUUGAAACAAAUAAUAUUCAUAGCUCUUUAAGAGAUCAUCAUAGCAUAGAUACAUAUGAAAAUAGGUCACAAAAAAUGCCUGCUAACGAUCUUAAUAAUUUUGAGAAAAAGGGAAUUUCUCCUAAUAAUCCUUUUUAUGAUUAUAUCAAACCUAAGAAUACCAAUAAUGAGUUUCCUCAAUAUUCAACAUCCAGAGAAUAUAAUUCAUUGGAUAGUUACAAGUUUAAGCAACAUUCGUUAUCUGAUACAAGUGCAAUUACUACAAAGCCUCAAGCACUUACAUCUCAGAUUUAUAAUACAGAACAGUUUUGUAUUCGUGGAAUUAUAGGUGCUACAGGAUUGACAAAUUUGGGUAAUACAUGUUAUAUGAAUGCUAUUAUACAGUGUUUAAAUAGUACUAUUCCUUUUGUAAGAUAUUAUAGAGAUGGGAGUUAUAAAAAACAUAUUAAUUUCAAUAAUCCUUUAGGAUAUAAAGGAGAGCUUGUUCAAACAUUUGCACGGUUAAUUACAUAUCUUUGGGAUAAUGAGCAUACAUAUGUAUCUCCACUUUUUUUUAAGAAUGUUGUUGGACGUCUUAAAGAACAAUUUCGUGACAAUGAUCAGCAGGAUUCUCAGGAAUUUUUGGCCUUUCUUUUAGAUGGACUUCAUGAAGAAUUAAAUAUUGCAGCCGGACAACUAAAACCAAAAGAAUUAACACCAGAAGAAGAAUUGAAAAUAGAAAACAUGCCUGAUAAGAUUGCUUCAAGUAUUGAAUGGCAAAGAUAUGUUCGUCUAAAUAAUAGCAUUGUUGUUUCUCUUUUUCAAGGACAAUUGCAAAGUAGAUUAAAAUGUCUAACAUGUGACUUUCAAUCCACCACAUAUAAUCCUUUUACAUAUCUUUCACUGCCAAUACCACUUACGCAAACCAAAACCUCAACUUUAUAUGAAUGUCUUCAAUUUUUUGUUCAAAAAGAAUAUCUUAAGGAUAAAGAACAAUGGUAUUGCUCAAAAUGCAGAAAACCAAGAGAUGCUACUAAAACUUUAACCAUAUCCAAAAUUCCGCAAAUACUUUUAAUACAUCUUAAACGGUUUCAAACAUGUGGACAUUGGAAAGACAAAAUUAACACUAAAAUCGACUUUUUAAUUAAUAAUUUUGAUCUUACUGACUUUUUACUCGAUAGCACACAAUCUCUUUCUGAUCCACUUAAUCAUGGACAAUAUCUUUAUCAUUUAUACGCCGUUACAAAUCACUAUGGAAAUCUAGACGGAGGACAUUAUACUGCAAUGGUAAAAAACAGCUUUACAAAUUCAUGGAACUUGUUUGAUGAUCGUCGAGUGGUUUAUUGUAAUGAACGGGACGUUGUUUCAUCUGCUGCUUAUAUCUUAUUUUACAUAAGAAAUAAUGUUAUAUGAUUUACAUUAUGACACAUCUUUAAAAACAAAUACAUAAUGAUUCA